AGGAGCCAAUAGGGUAGAAGAACAGCCAAGCGCUUCCGGGCUGCGAGGUUGGGGGUGGGAGUAAGAUGGCGGCGGACACGGGGAGCUGUCGCUUGUUCGCGCUGCUGAGAUUUUUUUAUUCACUGCUCUUCCCUGGACUAAUUCUAUGUGGAGUUUUGUGUGUAUAUUUGGUCAUUGUCCUUUGGCUAUUCAGGCGACAUCUACAGAGAAAGAAAAAGUCCGUUUCAACCAGCAGGAAUGGAAAAGAUCAAACAGUGGUUGCAUUUUUCCAUCCUUACUGCAACGCAGGCGGCGGCGGAGAGAGGGUUUUAUGGUGUGCCUUGAAAGCCCUGCAGAAAAAGUAUCCUGAAGCAGUUUAUGUUGUAUAUACUGGAGACAUUAAUGUCAGUGGUCAGCAGAUACUAGAAGGUGCUUUCAGAAGAUUUAACAUCAAGUUAGUUCAUCCAGUGGAGUUUGUUUUCUUAAGGAAACGCUACCUUGUGGAAGAUUCUCAGUAUCCCCACUUCACAUUGCUAGGCCAAAGUCUUGGAUCCAUUCUUCUUGGCUGGGAAGCUCUGAUGCAGCGUGUUCCUGAUGUUUACAUCGACUCAAUGGGAUAUGCUUUCACACUCCCUCUGUUUAAAUAUAUAGGGGGUUGCCGAGUUGGAAGCUAUGUUCAUUAUCCUACUAUCAGCACUGACAUGCUCUCUGUAGUGAAGAAUCAAAACACUGGAUUUAAUAAUGCGGCUUUCAUUAGCAGAAAUGCUUUCCUCAGCAAAGCAAAGCUCAUCUACUACUAUUUAUUUGCUUUUAUUUAUGGCCUCGUUGGUUCAUGCAGUGAUGUAGUCAUGGUGAAUUCUUCUUGGACACUAAACCAUAUUCUCUCACUGUGGAAAGUUAGGCAUUGCACUAACAUUGUUUAUCCACCUUGUGAUGUGCAGACAUUUCUGGACAUCCCCUUACAUGAGAAAAGGGUGACCCCAGGACACUUGCUGGUUUCCAUUGGCCAGUUCAGGCCUGAAAAGAAUCACGCUUUGCAGAUCAAAGCCUUUGCUAAAUUGCUAAGUGAGAAGGCAUCUGAGUCACGCCCUUCACUUAAACUUGUCCUUAUUGGAGGGUGUCGAAACAAAGAGGAUGAGCUUCGAGUAAACAAACUGAGAAAACUCUCUGAGAAUUUGGGAGUUCAAGACAAUGUGGAAUUUAAAAUAAACAUCUCAUUUGAUGAAUUGAAGAACUACCUGUCUGAAGCAACAAUCGGUCUGCAUACCAUGUGGAAUGAGCAUUUUGGGAUUGGAGUUGUGGAGUGUAUGGCAGCUGGCACAAUUAUCCUUGCACACAAUUCAGGAGGCCCAAAGCUUGACAUUGUCAUUCCUCAUGAAGGACAAAUAACUGGAUUUCUGGCUGAGAGUGAAGAAGGCUAUGCUGAAACCAUGGCUCACAUUCUUUCUCUGUCUUCAGAAAAGAGACUUCAAAUCAGGAAAACUGCUAGAGCGUCUGUAAGCAGAUUUUCUGACCAGGAGUUUGAAGUAUCAUUCCUGUCUUCUGUGGAGAAGUUACUUACGUAAUGCCAAAUCUGUGCACAUUCCGGAUAUUUUCUACAAAGUGGAGCUGGGGUGUGGGUCAGUGGUAGAGCCUGUGCUCGGUGUGUGCAAGGUCCUGCGUUCCAUCCCAGCAUCCAAAAAGUCAAAGGAAAUGCUUCACUUGGAAACACCUUCACAUGUAAAUAUUUUCUGAGUUCAUUGUCUAUCGUAAUAAAGGCAGCCUGAGCAAUAUUGUAUAUAGACAAUGUGUAUAUAGACAAGGUAGUAUUUAACAAAAUGGCAAAAUUACCUAUAUGGGAAAAGUAAUCUCGUGUACCUUAAUGUACAGAUUUUACAUUAGUAUUUGGCCUCAAAAUCUAAACAGUACAAAUCUCAAAGGAAAAAAUUACCAAUCAGAUUUUUACAUACUGGUGUAUUUUAACUUUUUUAUCUUUUCCUUUUAUUUUAAUCCUUGAAUGUCCCUGCCUCCACCUCCCAGAAUGCUAUGAUCAUAGUAAUGAAUUUAACAAGUCCAGUGUAUGCAGUGCUAGGGAUGGAACCCAGAGCCCAACGGAGGCUGGACAAUUACUCUACCAACUGAGCUGCAUCCUAAGCCCCAAAUCCUGUUUCAAAUCACUGUACUUUAGAAAACAUAAAACUUCCUGGGUUUUUGUUUUAUGAUGCUGGAGACAGAAUGUAGAGCCUCCGAGUGGAAAGCAGGAGCAGGGACAUUUGAAUUCCUAGCACCACAGAAUUCACUGAGCCGACCUCAGCCAAACACUUCCUUCCCUCUAGAGGAAAGGGAGUGCUGAGAGGAACACUUAGCAGAUAAUCAGCUGGCACUUUAAAAUUUAGUCUUACAUUUUGGAAAAAAAACUUUGAGGGGUGGGUUUAGAGUUAGAGAUUGAACCUAGAGUCAUGCUCAUGGUACACAAGUGUUCUAACCAGUGAGAGCUUUACCCCAACCUCAGGAGUCCUGGGAAACAACAGCAUGAGUAACCUUUUAAGUAUACCUAAUAAUUUUCUUAAAGGAAAAAGAAACUUCAAACAGGCAUCUCUAAUCCUAUUCCAAAGCAUCAGUCAAGAGAUUGGAUGGACUGAUUUCUUCAUGGGUGUGUACAGAUAUGUUGAAGUCAAAACACCAGCAGCAAUCUUUCCCAUAACUAGGUGUGUGUAGAAGUUGGGUUUUGUUUAGAGCCUAACACAGUUUGUUUCUAUGGGUUUCUCAUCCCUUAACAGCCCCACUGUGAAGAGAUUCAAGCUAAGAGAAUAUCAAGCUAAGUUGCUUUUCUAAAACUGACCUUGUCGUAUCAUAGUGCGCAAACAGUGUAAAGGAUCAUGAGAUGGCAUUUUGAAAAAAGUGCCAGGCGGUAGUUAGCAUACUGGGCUGGACCUUACUUCACCAUUUACAAAUACCUGACCUGCUAACACUAAAGCAAUGCCUUAAUGUUUUUGAUUCUUGGGUGUUUCAUCUGAAAUCAAGCUGUUCAUACCUUUUAGAAUUGUGAUACAAGAUGUGAAGCAUAUGAAGCUACUCUGAAAAUUAAGUAUUGCUUUAGUAAACAUAACAACCAAAGAUCCCAGUGACCUGAUAGGGGACGUGGUGUGUGUGUUGGGGGUGGCUUUUAGGGAAGGGGGAAGGAGAUGAUUAAAGGAGGGAGGCUGAUAAAAUAAAGUAAGGAUGUCUAAAAAAGCCACAAAGAGUCAUACCGUUAAUUACUAAACAACACCAAAAAGAACUGUAGUACCUGUAAUUCUGUGUAUAAAAAUACUUGUGUAAUUUUAAUGAACUUUUCUCAUCUGGGCUGACAAUCCUUCCUCCAAGAGCCAAAGACCACCUAACAAAAAGCCCAGUACCAGACAUGAGAAGCCUCUUUUGAGUUGUUGGCCAGGUCUGUCCAAGAGACUCCUAAACCAUACAACCAAUUGCUUUUGCCCUUGGUUACCCCCUAGAAGUGGAAAAUAAGUUUCAAUUGCUGGAGUCCCAUGCGCUUCAGAAAUGGGGCCAAGAGACCCUUAAGCUAGAACUAACUUGAAGAGCACGUACAUGUGAGCACACAUACACACACAAAACCUGGUUGCUACCCCAGGACUAACUUUCAUGGUACAAGAAGGUGCCAUGCAAACUUCUGAAGGAGGGAGGCAACCAACAGCCAUACCCAGCUAUGCCACCUAUGAACCACAUAAAAACAAAAACCAGCAUAGCAAGAAAACCUUAAGGGUACAGUGGUAGUGUCACCGCAUACUUAACAGUAACCAACAGCUCUUAAACUGGACUGAGACUGGCUCAACUAGAGGGAGAACAUGGUACUGGAAACCUAGCUAAGUAAGUACUGGUAAACAACCGCUAAUUUAAAGUAUAUGGUUCUUCAAGUAUGGCCUCCAAACUCUAGUGCCAACUUACCCAUUUUCUCCCUCUGAAUAUGCACUUCACCACGGACACUCAGACCUCUGGAAAUCUUAAUGAGUGAGACAGAUAUGUCCCUAACACCUGAUAGAGAGGUCAGAAUAUAUUCCCCUGUUGGCUGUUUACCAGGUAAUUUAACACUAUAAAAGCAAAUUUUAAAACUUUUUUUUUAAAGAAGUAACAACCAGUAGUAAAGAUUUUCUGUACUUGUAAAUUAAAGAUGUGUUUACAACUCUGUAGCUUUUGGUUUCUUAGCCAGUAGCUGGGAAUCAGUAUAAAUUUCAUCCAGCUUCUAUUCUGAAUAACUGGCAAGUAUGUGGAGGCGGGGGAUGUGACUGUAAGUAGCUGGCUGUAAUGUGUGUGAGGCAAGCGUGAGCCACAGCACAGCAACAAGUGAUUAUGUGUGCACAGAUGGGACUGUAAUGACAGCAUUUGUCAUUUUGUACAUAUAGAGUUCCUUCUAGUUAAAGGAAUUGCCCACACAGUUUGUCUGACAUUUGUGUUAGGGCAUACAAAAGAGGCACAUUAUUCCUUGCUGUCUCCUCCAGCUGUUUUUAUUUUUGUUUGUUUUGAUCUGGCUAGCUUCAUUAUCUACUCCCAAUUAUGUUAUUGACUCACUACAAAGGAAAAGCAGUGUGGCACACCAACAGAGCUUGAGUUGGAGAUAAUUCACUUUGCAAAGAGAUUGUGGAGUCUGGAGGUAAAAGGAACCUUACACAUUGUCUAUUUUAUUUUCAACUUUACAGACAAAAAACAACUUAAAAAACCGAGUAGAUUUCUUUAUUAUCACAAAGCUGAUGACAGAAUCAGGAUUAUGACCUGGUGUUCUGACCCUCAGCUCACUCUGUUAUUUUAUGGCUAGUCUUUGAAGUAAGAUUUGGCUGUAGCUCACAAAGCCUACCUACCCAUCCACACAAAAUAGCAGGACUAAAGAUUAUAAAAAUUGGAAUGAGGCCAGGUGGUGGUGCCGCAUGCCUUUAAUCCCAGCAGAGCCAGGCGGAUCUCUGUGAGUUCGAGGCCAGUCUAGUCUACAGAGCGAGAUCCAGGACAGGCACCAAAACUGCAGAGAGAAACCCUGUCUCGGAAAAAAAUAAAAAUGUAAUGAAGAAAACAGAGGAUGUGAUGGAAGAAAAAAGGAUUCUCAAUUUCUUAACAUUUCAUACCAACUUUUCAAAAUUAUUUUCAUGUAUCAAAAGCAUAAAAUAUGGUUUACAUGUAUAUUCUUUUCCAAUGUUCCUAACAAGGUACUACAGAUAUUUAUUUUUUUACUGGAUUUCAGGUACUGUGCAAAAUGUCGAGACUCAUCUUUUAACUGUUUCUAGGAAACUUCUGAGUGGCUGUUAAGUCCUCUACAAUUACGGUUUUUCAGUGGUCCGAACAUUCCGUUUUGAGUCCACAGCAGUGGGGAUUCACAUUCCUAUUUACAGUGAGUGAUACCACAGCUAUGAAGUAUGUGUUACAUGGUCUUUGUAUAAUAUAUUUAUAACUAAUUGUGAUGUAGAGCUGUUGAUACAAAAUACACUUAUAUCUAAAUCUGAUGGGUGAUUAAUUUAAUUAAAAUAUUUACAUUAUUUUUUCCACUUCCUCUUUCCCCUCAGACUCUCCUACCUCAGGAAUUCAUGGUCUCUUUUUCUUUAAUUAUUAUUGCUACAUGUGUAUGCAAAUAAAUAUGUAAAUGCAA